AUGGAGAAGUCUCCUGCAGCCAUCUACUUGGAAUUGGACGAUGACCGUAUUGACCAGCUUAUGCGGGCCGCCCACCGAGGCUUGCUUCCCGAGGUUCAAUCCCUCCUCUAUGGCGUUUCCCCCAACGUCCAAGACCAGACCGGUCGGACGGCCUUCUCCUGGGCCGCAUCCUGUGAUCUCUCACAGGUCCAGUCCUUAGAAGAGCAGAAGCGUUGCGAUAUUCUGUUGCAGUAUCUCCUGGACAGAGGUGCCAAUCCCGACCUUGGUGACCACCAUGGCGAAACACCUCUCCAUUGGGCCGUGAAAUGUGGGAAUCGCGAUAUGGUAGACCUCCUUCUGAAGAAGGGAGUGUCUUCCGAUAUCGCAGACUCCCGUGGUCGUACGCCGCUAUCACGUGCAGCGGGACAAGGACUCUGCACCAUCGUGGAGUUAUUGCUAUCCACUGGCAGAGCGGAUCCAGAUAGCAAGGACAGCCGGGGCCGGACUCCGCUAUCAUGGGCUGCCGAAAAUUGGCACUUGGAUACCGUGCGCACACUGGUUGCGCACGGUGCUAGCGCCGAUAUCCACGACCACGAGGGGCAGAUUCCACUCUGGUGGGUCAUCAGUAACCACAAUAAGAGACGAGAGUCAAACGGGCAGCAUCCUGAGGACUUUCAGCAGUGGCUCGCCGCUCUCGGACCGACGCAUGGUGUGGAGCCAAUGACCAAGGCCCGACGAACCUUUUUAGCCUGGGCGAGUGAACGCGGUGACACGGCGCUUGUACAAGAGCUGCUGAAGACGACCUGGGCAGACCCUAAUUCUAUUGAUCGUUACAGGAAGACCCCACUGGUGUACGCGCUUGAAUGGAGUCACUACGAGAUAGCGGAUAUGCUGAUGUCUGGCUCCGGGGAUGACAGAGAUCGUAAGCACGAUAUUGUGUCGCUAAAGCUGAUGGUUCAAGAGAGCCGAGCUCGAUUGCUGAAACCGUUCCUGGAGCGGUACAAGCCAGAUCUGAGCAACGAGGAUGAGUCGAGCCCAAUUCCUCUGAUGAGAUGGGCGCUACAGCAGGCCGAUCGCUCGACGGUGGCCAUUCUUCUAGAACACAAGGCUGGAGUAGAUGGGCUGGAGAACGGGGACUGGUUUGGUCCUUGCAGCGUGGCUGGAACACCAGCAAAUUUACUGUUGGCUCACACCCGGACCGAUGGUGCCUCAAUUCCUGUGAUGGAUAUGACCAUUCCAGAUGGUGAUCGUGCGGCGUUAACAGCAUUGUUAAGCCAUCGGAGGCAGAUGAUGACGCUUGACGAUGGCUACGAUGGGAGAUAUGGCCGUGGGCUGAAAUCCAGUGUCGCAGUGGAUAUUGUGGUCUACAGGGAUGGACGGCGUGCGGCGCGUUGGAUCAAUGACGAUACUUUGUACCAAGACAUAAAGGCAAUGCCAAAGACGGCAGACGAGACACAUCUUCUACUCUUCCGGGAAAAUCAUUAUUGGAACACAUAUUGCCAACUAACCGAUACGCCAAACGAGCUGCAAUUUUCUCUCGGAAAUAAAAGUCCCUGUCGAACGUUCUCACUGUUUGUCCGCCUGGACAUGAAGAUCGGGACCUCCUUUACCGACGACCAAGACGACGACCGCAAGGUCCGCAUCAUCGAAUGGGCCGUUCUGGAAGCGCCCCAGAAGACUAUCCACUACUUCAGCAACCUGUCAUACGGAUGGAUCCCCGAGAGUGACCUGGAGCUGGUGCAGCUGUUUAUGCAAACAUGGCGGGACGACUGGAUCGCGUUUUGCCGGGAGGCUCGGCGGUACUUGGGACGGCUGCGAACACAUCAAUUGACUGCCCGAGGCAAAGAUGACCGCCUUAUUGACUCCAUCGCGGAAAGCAUGCAGCAAUGGACGCAAGUUCAAGCAUCAUUGGCCGAGCAGCUUAGCCAGGCUAGGUAUUUUGUCACGCAGUACCAGCGGUUCAGCGAGACGCGCAAGUUCAGUGAAAAGAUGCAGAGUAUGAUAGAUGGGUUAGACAAAGAGAUAUCAGGACAGAUUGAUAAGCUAGAGCAGACGGUGCGCGAUUUGCUGCAAAUUGAAUUUGCGUGGGUGUCAAUCAAUGAGGCGCACCGGUCGACUAGCUUGGCGACGAGCAUGAAACGGCUCAGUUGGAUUACGUUCAUUUUUCUUCCCUUGACAUUUGCGUCGAGUUUAUUCGGCAUGAACGUGGAUAUACUCAGCGACAACCCUUCAUGGCGCUGGUAUCCUCUCAUUGGAGGAGUUCUACUGCUAUUGACGGUGGCAGUAUGGCUGUCGAGCAAGUUUACGAAUAUUGAGCGAUGGGUAGAGGAUCAAGCGGAGCAGCUUAUCAACGGACGUCAGAAGAAAGAGACACUCGUGUGGUGA